AAGGAAAAUUGGAGUAAUUAUUGUUACGGUCCUGGUAAAAAAAAGAAUUCUGUGGAAGUGGAGUUGAAGCCAAUUUUAGUGGCCCUGAGUGGCACGCCAUGUUUUUCAUCGAGUAAGGUGUGAAGUGAAGGCCGGGGUGAAAAAUCAUCUCUCGGGAUAUGCAGAGUCAAAAUGGAAAGGAGGCAAUAUUGUUUAUCCCACUGUAAGGCCUGUCAUCCUUGUAACGACGAUACCUCCACCAAUUGCGCACCUGAACCCGACAUUUAAUUCUACGAUAAAGGAACCAAAUAAUAAAAUAAUACUGUUAAACAUUCACUUAUAAUCAACAAGAAAAUUAUUCGUAGUAAUAUAUUAAGUCGGAAGAAGGAGUUGGAUCUGUUACAUUCAAGAAAUAAAAUUCCCAGGAACAAGAAAUUUUAAUCAUAAAUUGAAGAGAGGAUGAUCACCCCGGAAGUAGUAAAGAUCGAGGGAGUUAACGAGACUUGGAGGAAACUCCCGACGAGGGAAUGAGGAAUCCAGGGCUGCAUUUGGUCGGGAUAGCGGCGUCCCCUGGAGGAGGUGGGGUCUUUGGUACCAUGGCCGAGGAGGAGUUGCGCCAGUGGCUGGACACACGCUUGGACGAAUUGGGAAUUGACCCAGUGGCGUACUCGCGUUUUAUACUCAGCUUUUUGCGCCACCCCGACUCGGCCCUCACUCCUCCUGGAGAAGUUGUUACUGGUAAAGGAAAAGGACGUCGUUCCCGUGCACGUCCCAAAUCAAGACUACUACCGCUCCAAGAAGAUAAAGAAAAGAAACGUGCUGUUGUUCAAUGCCUCACAAGUGCCGCUGAUCAGAAAUGUGGAGUUGAAACCCUAGUUGAUGAAUUGUGUGCAAAAUUGCGAGAUUUAGAAGGAGGAGCUUCAAAAAACGAUGAGGAAAAUCAUGAGAAGGAAGUUGUAACAAAACCAGCAUUGGAAACUCUCACACCACAAGAUAGAGCUCUCAGAUAUUAUGCAGCAUUUCCAGCUUUACAACCAGCUACACCAAAAAAAUUUCAGCACAGAAAGGAGAAAAAUUUUGGCUCAACUAUUGUCAACAAUAACAACAUUAAUAAUAAUAAUAACAAUAAUAACAACAACAAUAAUUGUAACAACAACAGAAAUGGAAUUGGCAACAAAAACAACAAAAAUCGUCCAAAGAAAACUAAAAUGUCCAUUACAAUUGAAUCGCAGCAUGAGAGCGAGAAAGAAGGAUUUGGAUUUGCAAAAUUAAUGAUGGAACGUGAACGCGAUAAUGAAAAAGAAGAGGAAAUUGAAUUGGAUAAACUUCGACUCGCGCAAUUAACGGCAAAGUUUGAUGAGUCUUUGGAAGCUCUUUGGGAUACAGCAUCUGGCAAUUCACAAGGCACUGAUUCAAUCUGGGCAGCACCUUCGCUCUCAAUUCCAUUGAAGCCACUUUGGCCAACUGACGGCAAUGAUACAUCAUCGUUUACUGUUUCAACAACAUCGAGCAGCGAACACGUGGUGGAUACAACGCCGUUUCAGGAAUCUAUCGUUGACGACUCACCGCUUAUUCCCUGGGACCUUGAUUUAGUUGGCACUAAGGAACGUUCUGAUGAAAUCGCUAUCAAAAAUAACACACAUUAUAACGUGACUUGGUCAGAGACAUUGGAUGGCUCGUGGUGUUGGCGAAGUAUGGACAAGGAUGUUGUAACGACUAAUAAUACAAAUCAUAGUCCUGAGAAUAAUGAAAAUUCAAAUGUAUCAUCGAAAAAUAAUGAUACAAUUGGAAAAAAAGAGGCACGUUUCGCGCAGAAGGUAAACAGCCUUCAGGAGCCUGAUGAAGAUUUAUUGACAUCGGCACGCACUCAUUUUCGUCCAAUUCGUGACGAUGGGCAUUGGGCGGAUGGUACAACAUUUCCCGUUAAUGAUGCCAUUGAACGUGUCGCAUAUCAACGUAGUGAAUCGGGCAAUUUGCUCUAUUUACCGGGUGGCGAAAGCCCCUAUAUGGAAUAUCGUGAGAGCGAUGUGUCAACAACAUCAUCGUCAUCGUCAUCGGUGUCGACAAAUCUCACAUUGAAAUUUCGUGUGAGACAAUGCGACAAAUCGAUUCAAACAGAACCCAUUAGAUCGCCGGUCAAACGCAGAAUCCUGUCGGAACAAGAUCGAGUUUAUUAUUCAUCGUCCGACGUUGAAGAAACUGCAAAGCAAGAGAUUGAUGAUACGGAGAAGGAUUGUUUCUUUCUGGAACAAUUGGGUUGGACUCAGUCCAAUUUGCUCUUGCACAACGAGAGAAAAAGGAGAUACAGUAGCAGUUUUAGCUAUCGACCACUGACAGCUUUACGCCCGUUGACUUUAUAAAAGAAAAACAGGCUGUAAAUUCUGUUGUGAAACCCAUAUGACCGGCAAUUUAUGUUUUAGCUAUGUAUUUGUCAAAAAUAUAAGACAAAGAAACAAAAAGAAAAAAAUGGGCAAAACUGUAAUUAUUUGGCGUGUGGGGGUCCUCUUGGCAUGUGGAAUUUGUUAUGCAUGAAUCCAAGAUGGCAUUGUUACCUCCCUUGCCUCCUUUAGAAAAUAAAAAGCAGUUAUAUUAAAAAAAAACAAAAAAAAAAAAACAAAAAAA